AUGUCAGUUUCCAGUAUGAAUAAAUUUAAUAAUGUAAUUAAAGAAUUGAAUGAAUUUACAGAAUUAGAAAUGAAAGAGAUUAUAAAUUCAGAUAUAAACAACAUAUUCAAACAAUACAACAACAAAAUAGACUCAACAAAAUCAGAAAUAUCACAAUUAGAUCAAGAAAUAAUCAAUUUAAACACUGAAAUAUCCAACUUAUCAAAGAUCAACGACUCGAAUUUGGAUUUUAUUAAGAAAUAUAGUAAGAAGAAUUCCGCAAUUGAUAAGAAUGGCAAUAUUUUCAGUGUUUUACAAACGAAGUCUAUUGAAUUAGAUACGUUGAAAAUGAGUAUAGUUAAAGAAAUAACAGAAUUGGAAAGUUUAAAUAAUUCACUCACUUAUAAGUUAAACAAAUUGAAGCAGGAGAGAGAAGAGAAGAGUGAUAAGGAUAAAGUAGUGACUGAUGAGUUUAUUAUUGAGGAUCAAGAUCUUGUCGUUAUGAAAAUUAAUCUAAAUCGAAACAUAGGUGUAAGGCUUGAAACUUUAAAGAAAGGUGAUGAUGAGGAUGUGUUAAUCUUGACUGAUUUAGAAAAUAAAAGUGAUUUAUUUAAAGUUGAUUCUAAAUUGAGUGAUUAUUUUAUUUCAAAUUAUAUUUGGGAUAAAUUGGGGUAA